AUGGGAGAAUUCGACACCACACUCGGUGCACUGUGCGUCGCAUACAUGCUGGCUUGGGGCUUGUUCGGGGUCAUGUCAAUGCAGACCUAUCGCUACUACCAUAUCUUUAUAAAGGAUGCGAUGUGGAUCAAGACUUUGGUUGGCGGUCUCUGGAUUUUGGAUACCUUGCAGCUUGUUCUGACCGGAUCCUGCUUGUAUUUCUGGGUCAUCACCAACUACGUGAAUCCCGCUGUCCUUGCGAAUUCCACCUGGACUUUCAAUAUCGGGAUUCUGGUAACGAAUUCGAUCGUCAUUAUCGUUCAAUUCUUCCUUGCUCGUCGAGUCUGGAUUCGUGCGCGUCUUUUGCUCAUUUUCUGUAAACUGAAACCAAGCGAGCACACUUGUCUUGCUGCUACUAUGGAUUUGAAAUGGCCCAAGCUGAUCCUCUAUGCAAUGAACACAGGAACCCUGACUGCAAUUGUUGUCCUGAUCGACAUGAUUUGCUUCCUGACGAUGCCAAAUAAUUUGAUCCACAUCGCAUUCAAUCUGGUAUCGGGCAAGCUGUACACUAACAGUCUGCUCGCGACGCUCAACUACCGGGACACUGUCUGCUCGCAUGCUCCGCGCGCCAUGAAUAUGAACACGACCAUCAGCCUUUCCCACAUGAGCGGAGCGACGGCUCCUAUGGGUGGGAGCGGCGUCGGCACCGCUCCUGUGUUCGCGCCCAACUCCAAAUUUCAUAGCACUGCAUCGACUGGCGAUCAUACUUUGGCUGUUACCGCUUCAGAAAUGGAAGAUUACACCAUUUCCAAUGCUUCGGAGCUCAAGUUUAUUAACGCGGUUUGA